AUGAGUGGGGUUUCUGCUGACCAACACAAGUUUUUCCUCUCCCACCAACUCUUCAACAAGAAAACCAUUGAUAUUCCGCCCAGAAAGCUUCUCAGCCGCCGAGCCAACUCUCUUGAGAGCUCUGAUAUCUUCUCCGACUCCCCCAAGGCUCUCGGUGCGGCUGGAGAGACCCUCUUUCAGAAGUUCUUGCCGUUCAACUGCGGCGACGACGAUGAGUCCGACCCUUAUUCGUCAGAUCAUUUUCGGAUGUUUGAGUUUAAGGUUCGCCGGUGCACUCGCAGCCGCAGCCACGACUGGACUGAUUGUCCCUUUGCUCAUCCCGGGGAGAAGGCUCGCAGGAGGGACCCCCGGAGGUACCAUUACUCAGGGACUGUGUGCUCGGAGUACCGGCGAGGUGGGUGUAGUAGAGGCGAUAACUGCGAGUUUUCACAUGGGGUUUUCGAGUGCUGGCUACACCCAGCUCGUUACAGGACUGAGGCCUGCAAAGAUGGAAAGAAUUGUAAGAGAAAGGUCUGUUUCUUCGCUCAUUCCCGUAAGCAGCUUCGGGUAUUGCCUUUGCAUUCACAAACCAAUGGAACCCCAGAUGUAAAGUUCUCGCCUCUGAACCAUUGCUGCGUGUUUUGCCACUCUGCAACUUCUCCCACUUCUACCUUAAUGGGUACGUCCCAUUUUUCGCCGCCGGCGUCGCCGUCUCCCCCUCUGUCUCCGGUGAACGCCACAUAUUCUCCAAUUUCUCGUUACAAUGAUCGCUCAACAAGCCUAGAUUCGAGUAAUAUGAGCCAAUUUCGACAUGUAAUGUUGAGCUACAACAAGGACGUUGUUGCGGAGCUGAUGAGCUCUUUGGAAGCCAUAAACAUCAACGAAGCUUCACCCGAACAUACCAACCCAUUGGUCGACUCUUGUUUCGCCAGUGAAGAUCAUCAGCAGUUUAGUCUCUCUCCAUCAAUCCCAAAUGCUUCUGGGUCCAGGCAUUUUUUCAAUGGAGACUGUUCGAGCAAAAGCUCCAUUGAGGAUAAGCUCAGUAGUGAAAAUGGCAGCUGGGCUUGUCCUGAUCUUGGGUGGGUCAACGAUCUGUUGAUGUAGUUGAAGAUGUCCCAGAUAACAACAAAACCAACAGACCAAUAAGAUGAUGGCUGUGAAGAAAAGUCGAAGAAGAUGAAAAGAUGUAUAUAUGGAGUCUUGCACCAGCCCCAUACAUAUAUAUAAACAGUCUGUAUAUAUGUAUGAUUUGGUGUAACAUUCUUGCUUUCUCCGUUGCUGUUCCUGUUCCUUGUUUUAUUUUUUUUCUUUUCGGUGGUGAGUUUCCAAGUCCCUUUGAAGUGGAGGAAGAACAUGUGAUCUUGUUUUGUGAAUUGAAAUGGAAACAAAAUCAUGAGUUCAUAAUGUUAA